UAGUUACGAUUCAAGAGUACCCGUACAUGAAUCGCAUGGAUAGCUAGCUGUAGGCCUACAUACACAGUACAGAGAUGCGAUGUAGGCCUAGAUGCGAUAACAGGUGUCGAAAACUUGAUUGGGUGAAAGCCAUGACAUCGUCAUCGAGGUCUGUAUUUGGCCGGCCAAAGGAUGCCAUCGGGUCACUAUGCCAACUCAUGAACCUCAGUGGCAUCACUGGGCUCAACCCAGAAAUCUUCAGGCAAGCUAAGUUCAAUAAGCCUGAGGCGGUGGCUCCCUUGUGGUCCCUUCUUUCCUCCUUGAUAAGUUAUUCAAACUGCAAAUGCAUAGGGUCCGGUGCAUGCACAUCGCAUCAGGCCACUUCGAGCGAUGUCGUCUCCUCAACAAAGCAUGCCAUGUGGUCUGAGGGCUAUCGCUGCCACCGAUUUCACCGCCUCCCCAAUGACAUGAGCCACGGCAGCCGGGAACUGCUCCUGGCCUUGGGCUGGCUCUUGGCCAAGACAGAUGUACUGAGGGACCUGGCGAUAGAAGACAGCACGCACAUGGUGGACACCGGGCAUUUGCACGCAGAAGAGGUCUUGCAGUUGAGGAAACAGAGGGAGGAGGAAAUGAAGAAAAUCAGGGGUUCUGUAGAUGAUGCAAGAGGCACAAGUUGCAGUGGGAACUACUUGGCCUGGUUAGUUGGCCAGUACAGAAUGAAAAUCCGGAGACUCUAUCUGCAGCAACAGGAGCUUUGCAAUCUAACUCACCAGAUUCAUGCUGCAACACAAGGAAUAAGCGCAACCACAGACACCCCACAUCUGUCUCCAUUAGAAGUCUUCAUUCUCAGGCAUGCUGAGUAUUCCAAGAAGUACCAAGAGAUCCUAGAAACCCAGCAGGCCAGACUUCGCAUCAGCUUGAAGUGGCAAAACCAGGAAGCUACAUUCUGGCGGUGGAUGGAGAGCGUCUUAGAUGCAAGGAUGCAAGAUUCCCUGGAUGAGGCAGAAAUGCCUAGUGAAUGCCACACUCCUUGUUCAGCACACAGUGUCAGUGAUCUAGCAGAUCUUGUCAUGAAGUUAGAUGGAUACACCCAGCGUCUUGAACGGCUUGCAGGAGACUCUGACUACAAUGAAGAGGAAGAUGAAACGUGGCUGAGAACAGUUGAGGAAAUCAGGGCCAAACUUGUUCCCAUCUCCGCAUCUCCUACUUGUCAUCUAUCGAUACUCGAUUAUCAGAUGCCAAGGUUUCAUCUCAUCAAAAAACAGUCCAAGACGUCGGGAGCACAGACUGCCCGCGUUAAACCCUCCAGUGCAGUUCACAUUCAGGAUGAGAUUGCGAGACUGUCAGAGGUUGUUGACGGACUCAAAGAGGAGUUGGCAUCACUAAGGAGCAGCCACCAUGCCAGAUUAGAUGAGUUAGCAUCAGUGCUCCCGGAUUCUAUCUGCAUACCCCCAAUGGGCCCUGCAAGGCAAUGAUGCAAAUGGAGGAUAGACAGACUUGGAGAAGAAGAUUCAUGUUAUGAUUAACCUUUUGUGCCCAUGUGUAGUUCCUAACUACCUCUGUUUAUCUACCCACGGAGCAUUAACUGCUCUCCCACCAGUCACAUAAUCAAUUCAGGGAAAUUUACAAAGUCUUUCUUUGUAGUGCAUGCCUGCAGCCACACACAGCAAGACAAAUUUAUCAUUUUUGACACUCGAAUUUACAUGACCCAGACAGUACAAUUCCUGCAGUGCCCACUGCUGUACUGUAUUCAAACUAGGUUAUUGAGGUGGUGCGUUCCAGUCCUGCCCGAUCAAGUGCGUGAUUUAUUUUUCCUCAAACUCUCAUAAAGCAUGGAGCAUACAGUGCUUAGUGAGUAAUACUGGCAAUGGUAAUGGUUUAAUUCUUCUUGUAAACAAGGUUUCAUGCUUGCCUGUUGAAUGUGGAGAACAAAGAUUAAAACAUGGCCUAGUGUGUAAA